AAUCCACGCCGCGUCACGCAACGUCACGCAACGUCAUUCCGCGUGCAUUCCUUCCUACGUUAGCCCCUCUCUGCUAGCUGGCGUGCUAACGCUCCGUUAGCCGAGAGUCGCUGUCCAUGGUGCUAGCAGAGAGACACAGCGGUAGAGUGAGACAGCGUGUGUGAGAGAUAAAGAUGCAUAGAGAGAGAUAAAGACACGCGGAGACAGAGCAACAGAGUGAAAGACAGAUAGAGACACUUGAUCAAGUGUGUGACUCCCACCUUGUUUCCCGAGGAUGAGCGCCGAGGACAGGAAGCCCGCCAGCUGCAGCAUCAAACCGCCGGUCUACCUGCACAUCGGGGACGUGGACGCGGCCCACUCCGGUGUGUGUGUGGUGGACGUCUGCCUCCCCUUCGGGAAGCCCGUGGACAUUCAGGAAAUCACCUUUAAGAACUACUACACCGCCUACGUGACCGUCCGCCUGCUGAGGAGGGGCCCCGGGCACGAGGCCCCCGCUAAGUGGUGCACGGCCCUGAGAGACCUGCCGCUGAUGGACAACCCCCACACCGAGGGGGGCUCCCAGGACUACUGCUCCAUCCACAGGGCGCAGAUGCGGGUGGAGCCGGAUCACGUGACCUCGGUGAGACUGAUCCUGAGACAGCCGUCCUCGGCCUGGCUCACCUUCAGCCUGGAGGAGAUCCAAAUAAUCCCCCACGUGCAGCCGAACCCAGAGAAGGAGGUCUCUGAUUGGCUGUCUGACCUGACGCUGGUCGACCAGCACCCGGACUUGGAGGGCCUCCCGGACCCCCAGACUGUGUCAUCCAGCCUCCAGCAGAUGUGGGCUCUGACCGAGGUGAUGCAGAGCAACCAGACCAGCGCCUCCAUCGGCCGAUAUGACGUGGACGGGUGCUACGACAUCAAGCUGCUCUCCCUGACGUAAGGCCGCCUGUCGGGACGUGGGACGCGCUUUGUGGGAGACGUAAUGGUGUCCCGGAGAAGAACGUGGACAAAGUGUCGCUGGAAGGGCAAUGCAUGAUGGGACAUUUCCUGUAUAAUGAGACCGCUAUUAUAACUUACAGAGGCAGAAGCUUUUGGUCAAACAUGUUCUGCACUCCACCAGGACUAUACAUUAGAAAGAAUGCUUAUCAGUAAGCAGGUAAUUAUUCACUCUCAGCUAUUCCAAAAAUAAUAUUCAUUCAUUCAUCUGACCCCUUUGGACGAGCUCUGCAGGAGGUCUAAAUGACUCCGCUUCCUGUGUGUGGAUCCUCACUCUCACUGUUUUAUAUUUUUUUUUACUAAUAGUAACACUACAUUUCAUUUCUUAUUGAAACCUCUUUGUUGAUGUUACAUUACUAUAUUGUCUCUGAUGGAGAAAAAAAUCCAAGAUAGUUGUCUGAUUACAUUACUACUACAAUAUUGGUUUGUAAAAAAAAUCCAACAUGAUUUGAAAUACAAAUUUUGGGAAAGCAAUGUUUAUCUGAGACACUAA